AUGUUAAGCCUGUCAAGGUUAAGUUUGCGAUGUGGCGCGCUCUCUUUUCGGGCCUUGGAUACAAAGAUUCCUCUAAAGAGCUCGUUGGCUGUUCACUCGCAGAUAUUACAAACGCGUCUUAUACACACAACUCCAACGAUCAGAAAUGAAGAAAACAAGAAGCCACCCAAUUGGUCAGUCAUCAUGUCAGAGGAUCAGAAGAAACGCAAAAAGGAGCACAUACAUACGCAAAAUGAGGAAGCCGUACCUUCCGGAUUGAUUCCGAAGGUGAAAUACUAUCUCAAGCGUUACUGGUACAUAGCUAUUCCGGCUCACAUGAUUUGUUCUACUAUGUAUUUGGCUGGUUUUUAUUUCGCUGUCUACAGUGGGAUUGACGUAGUUUCCCUCUUGCAAACCCUACACUUACCAGAGUUAAUUAUCGAAAAAGUCAAGAACACACCUCCACAAGCCGGUGCUUUAGUUGUGGCUCUGAUUUUGUACAAGGUUGCUACUCCUUUACGCUACCUGACAACGCUCGGAUUUAUACAAGCUGCUUUUGUUGUGCUCAGGCGAAUGGGAAAAUUGCGAACUGUCAGAGAAGUUGAAUAUAAGGCAAGAGUGGAAUAUGAAAAAGGAGUCGGAAAAUAUGGACGUCGCGCUUACAAAAACCGUCAUUUGGGUGUUCGUGAGAUAGCCAAAGAAAAUGAACAGCAAGCGACAAAGCUUAUGAAGGAAAAGAAA